UCCUUCAUUCAUUCAUUACUUGUCACUUCGACGCAGCGUACGCAUUUGUCGUACUUUCUUGUGGUGUAUAUUUAUUAAUAUUGGUUUGAGUGUCUACUUAAAUGUGUUUCUGUUGAAAGUGUAGUGAGUUUUAAGUUAGUCUCACACGUAAAGUGUGCGGGAGAGGAUUCAUUAGAGAAGAGCGAGCGGCCGUGUCGGGCGGUGUUUUACAAUGGCUGAGUAUUUAGCUGCUAUAUUUGGAACCGAAAAGGAUAAAGUAAACUGUUCCUUCUACUUCAAAAUUGGGGCAUGCAGACAUGGUGACCGAUGCUCUCGUAUCCACAACAAACCAACGUUCUCACAGACUGUGCUGUUGCAGAAUCUGUAUGUAAACCCUCAGAAUUCAGCCAAGUCAGCUGAUGGCAGUCAUUUGGUUGUUGCCAACGUGUCCGAUGAGGAGAUGCAGGAGCAUUAUGACAACUUUUUUGAAGAUGUCUUUGUUGAAUGUGAAGACAAAUAUGGGGAAAUUGAAGAAAUGAAUGUGUGCGACAACUUAGGUGAUCACUUAGUCGGAAAUGUUUAUAUUAAGUUCCGCCGUGAAGAAGAUGCUGAGAAGGCUGUGAAUGACCUGAACAACCGUUGGUUUGGCGGUCGGCCGGUGUAUGCGGAGCUGUCCCCUGUGACGGACUUCCGUGAAGCAUGCUGUCGUCAGUAUGAGAUGGGAGAGUGCACUCGCAGUGGAUUCUGCAACUUCAUGCACUUGAAGCCUAUUUCUAGAGAACUAAGAAGAUAUUUGUACUCCCGUCGCAAGGGAUCACGUCGUUCCCGCAGCAGGUCGCGCGACCGUCGCCGCCGCUCACGCUCUCGCGGAGAGAACCGUCGCCGCGACCCACCGCGCAACUCCCGUUCCGGUCGAUACUGACCAAAAAAACAACAAACACCUGUGGUCUAAGGCCUAGUGUCCACGUAAGCUGCCCUUCAUGCGCACGCUUUCGUCCGUUGACGAUUUUAAGGCGAAUGCUUGCAUUUUGCGUAGAAUCAAAGAAAAUCGUUUUCACGGAGCGGCAAUGUCGUGUCAGUCACUUGCCAUUCGUCAUUAAUAGGUUGCAUGCAUUCGUCAAAUGAUACGUCCUGGACAUUAGGUCUAACUCACACCUCGUUCUGUUCCCGAGUUGUGAAUAAUGUGAGAUCACACAGUUUUAACCAUUGCUCUACACUGGACUGAAAUGUAUUCCAAAUGUGAACAGAGACUAUUACAAUCAAGCUAGACUAUUCUGUUAUUUUGUGUGACAUUUGUUGAGAUACAAUCUGCAUAUUAUGAUCUGUUUUGAUUUUGUAAAACUCGCAAAAAUGUUGUUAAUACAAUGUCUUCAGUUUCAAUCUUGUUUUAAUAACUUUCAAUGGAUUUCUAAUUACCAUUUAAUUUCAACCAAAUAUUAUAACCAACAAAAUAUAAUUGUUUUCAGUUACAAGUCUUGCAUGCAUUUUGUGUAGGUAUCAGUUUUGAUAUCAUAAGUACAAUACAUAUUUUAGCUUCAAAAUAUAUAAAUUUUAUGUUUUUUCAUCAAUGUGAUUUACAAUAAAUGUAUUAAUUUCACUGCAAAAAUAUUGUCAUCUGUUUUUGAUGUAAUUACCACUAUAACAGUGUGUAUCUCAUGAGUUUUUAGACAUUUUAGUUUAAAAUCAUAUUAUUUUCCGAUAGCUAUGUGUCAUUUUAAGGACUUUAUUGGGUAAUAUUUGUCAUACCCAAGGUGGACAGGAUAUUUGUGUAAAAAAACGUGAAUGAUGCAAAAAUUAAUAUAAGUUUAAUCUCUAA